UCACAGGCAUUUAUACCGAGUCAUUCUUGUCACACAACAAUUACACUUUUGCACAGCAAAACCCGCUUGGUGAAAAUAGUUUUCGUUACAAUCGGUGUAAACACAAAUUGAACGUGUUUACUUUAGGGAGAAAACAUCAAAUAAAAUUUGAUUAGAGUUUUUUCCGUCAAGAUAAUUCUGAAAGAAUGGCAUCCGAACGUUAUAGCUUUUCGUUGACUACAUUCAGUCCAUCGGGAAAAUUGGUGCAAAUCGAGUAUGCAUUGGCUGCAGUCUCAGCUGGUGCACCGGCCGUUGGUAUUUUAGCAUCGAAUGGGCUCGUUAUCGCCACCGAACAUAAACACAAAUCAAUUUUAUACGAUGAAAGUAGCGUGCACAAGGUGGAAGUCAUCACUGAUCAUAUCGGAAUGGUUUAUUCUGGCAUGGGACCCGACUAUCGUUUAUUGGUGAAAGAAGCUCGCCGUUUGGCACAAAAUUACUAUCUCACUUAUCGUGAACCGAUUCCAGUAUCGCAACUUGUACAACGUGUUGCAACAUUGAUGCAAGAAUACACUCAAUCUGGUGGUGUACGUCCAUUCGGUGUGUCAUUGUUGAUUGCCGGCUGGGAUAUUGAUCGUCCAUAUUUGUUCCAAUGCGAUCCAUCGGGUGCAUAUUUUGCAUGGAAAGCAACGGCAAUGGGGAAAAAUGCGAUAAACGGCAAAACAUUCUUGGAGAAACGUUAUAACAAAGAUUUGGAAUUGGAUGAUGCCAUUCACACGGCCAUUCUAACAUUGAAGGAAGGAUUCGAGGGUCAAAUCACGGCCGAUAACAUCGAAGUCGGCAUUUGUGAUCAGAGCGGGUUUAAACGACUAGAUGCUAAUACUGUUAAGGAUUAUUUGGCCAACAUCCCAUAAAUAUUUUCUCUUUUCUUUUUGCAUACAAUACCGUAUUUUUUUCUAUGUCAGUUCAUUCAUUUGAGCGGAAAAUGGCAUAAUACAAAAAAAAA